AUGGCCGCAACUAAGGAAGCAAAGCAACCAAAAGAACCAAAGAAGAGAACCACCAGAAGAAAGAAGGACCCUAACGCCCCCAAGAGAGGCUUGUCGGCCUACAUGUUCUUCGCCAACGAGACCAGAGAUAUCGUUCGUUCCGAGAACCCUGACGUGACCUUUGGCCAAGUGGGAAGAAUACUCGGUGAGAAAUGGAAGGCCUUGACCGCGGAUGAGAAGGUGCCUUACGAAACUAAGGCUCAGGCUGACAAGAAGAGAUACGAGUCCGAAAAGGAGUUGUAUAACGCUACACGUGCCUGA